ACUACGUAGCUGCCUGUGCCUCUUUCUGGCUCCCUGCUGUCUGCCUGGCCGGUGCUCCUGCUCACAGACACGCGCAAGAUGGCCGGACGCACGGAGGAGGCUCGCAGGAGCGGGGAGAGGGAGACGGUGUGCGUGACGGGCGCCGGCGGGUACAUCGCCUCAUGGCUCGUCAAGCUCCUCCUCUCCCGCGGCUACGCCGUGCACGCCACCGUCCGUGACCCGCGUGAUCCCAAGAACGCCCACCUGGGGCAGCUGGAAUGGGCCGCGGAGAAUCUCCGGCUGUUCAAGGCCGACGUGCUCGACAGCGACGCGCUGGCUGCCGCAGUCUCCGGGUGCCGGGGGGUCUUCCAUGUUGCCUGUCCGGUGCCCACGGAUAGGGUUCUUGAUCCGGAGUCAGAAGUACUGGCUCCUGCUGUGCAAGGUACCUUAAACAUUCUUCAGGCUUGCUCAGCUAAUAAUAUUCAGAAGGUUGUUGUGGUUUCGUCUACCGCCGCUGUUCAUUUCGACCCAAAUUGGCCUCCACAUAGACCUAAAGACGAGGAUUGCUGGUCGGACAUAAACUUUUGCAAAAAGAACGAGGACUGGUAUAUGGUUGCCAAGGUUAUUGCUGAAAAGACAGCCCUAGAAUACGGAGAGAGAAAUGGAUUAAAUGUUGUUACAGUUUGCCCUACUAUGGCUUUAGGACCGCUCUUGCGGCCUAUGCUCAAUGUCAGCCAUGAAUUCCUCAUGUACAUUAUUAAAGGAGGUCCUACUAUGAUGAAGAACAUUCCAUGGCACAUAGUUGAUGUCCGAGAUGUGGUUGAUGCUUUGCUUAUGGUAUACAAGAAAGAGGAAUCGACAGGGAGAUACAUCUGUGCACCAAAUUGCAUCAGUGCAAAAGAUCUGGUGAACAUGCUGAAGAGGGAUUAUCCUAAUUACAAUUAUGUAAACUGCGACAAUGAUAUGGUGCUUAACUCUAUAGUUACACCACUUAUGUCGGAGAAACUGAAGAAUUUGGGCUGGAAACCAAUGAAGACACUAGAGGAAACAUUAUUGGAUAGUGUUGAAUGCUAUAAGAAGAUGGGGCUUCUAAAAGAUGCUGAGGGAUGCCCUUGUCGUCUUCCUCACCUUUUUCAUAUGGCUAUAGAAAAAUGAAGAAUACUCACCAUUGCUUCUUGUGUUACCUAAUUACUCUUUGAACAUUGUUGGGUAUGUGUUCUAAUCACACACCAAUAAUGUUGACAUUCAAUGGGUUGUGGUUGAUUUGAAAUAAAUGUUUGGUUUCUUAUGUAAUCUAUAUGGAACAAAGUGCACCUUUCACUUUUUUUGUAUGGAAGUUGUCAUGCAUCUUUUUUCUC